CUCCCAUCACACCACGAACGGAUUCCGCCCUUUAGAUCCCCGUUUCAUAAUCUUCCCCAAUUCGUAACUGAGGCAAAAUCAAGGUAGGGCGGGCGCCCUACCUUGCCCUACUGGGUCCUCCGCCCGUGAGUGGCAGCCAUGAAUCGGCUCUCGUUCAGGCCUCGUCCUCUAGACAUCCACAAAAAGCUUCCCAUCGUCAAGUCAGCGCGGGAAUUCGAAGACGAUGAGACCACAUUAGCACUCAGGGCUGCCCCACCCCUUCCGCGGCACUCCGUGCCAGAGCUUGCAGCUGAUGUGGAGGCACAUCCAGGAUCGGCCAAGAAAAAUGAGCAAGAAAUACCUACACCGCAGUAUGAUGAUGUUGAUACAUAUGACAGGGACUAUACUCGCACCUUUGCACAGCCCACAUCUUAUAUACGUGCACGAGGAGCUCGGGCUGAAAUUGGCGAGUUUGUUGAGUAUGAUCUGGACAAUGAAGAUGAAGAUUGGCUUGAAGAUUUUAACAAUGAGAGGAUAAAUCUUAACCCUGAAAAUUCAAGUCGGACCUCUUAUCUCCAGUUUAGGAUAAAAUGUUUUUGGCUGGAGAUUCUCCUAUUCAAGCUUGAAAUUUUGGACCUCAAAGCUCGAGAAAGAGCAGGCAUCAUAACACCCACCUUCAUUGGACCUGUACCAGUCAUUUUACAGCUUGAUUCUGCUAUGGAGGCUUUGCAGUACUUAUCAGUUCGCUAUACAGUGUUCCAAGCUGUAUAUAACUACUGGAAAGCAAAGAGAGAGCAGUGGCAAAAGCCCAUUUUACGGCGUUUGCAGCCUCCUCCACCGGUGAAUGAUACAAAUCCAUACAAUGUAUUUAGACCAAGAGAGAAGGCUUAUCGCCUUCACACAAGGAGGAUGCAAAGACGAGAAAAUAGUGUCCAAUCAUUUGAAAAACUCCGUCUGAUCCAGCGCAAUCUAGUUCAGGCCAAGAUGCUAAUGGAUGCUCUGAUCAAGAGGGAAGAGAAAAAACGUGAGGCCAUGGAGUGUGAAGUUCACCUUCGACGCAUUCAGAUGAAAUACAAGCAUGAGGCGUUACUUAUUGAUGAUGGAUUUGCUCUAUCAGGCUUCCAGCAAGUUCCCAGUAAGUUUGGAUCAAGCGACGAUGAUUAUGCAGACUCAGAUGAUACAGAUACUGAGCAACCAGUUGUUUUUCAUCCUCGAUUCCCUGAUAACAAGCUAUCAACCAUCCCAUCAGUGCGUUUAAAACGUGAGCGUGAGCUAAAAAGAAGACGUCACCAGAAUGCCUGGUUGUUCAGAAGGGAUCCUGAGGAACCAAUAAUGUUAUUCACAAGACCACUGGAUCCCGAUAAGUUGGAGAUGGCUAGGAUCAGGCCACCACUAGAUCCACCUAUUGAUGGUGGUUCCACCGCACCGCCAUUUCGGUGCCAAGGCAGGAUUGGACGAGGAGGUCGCAUCAUCUUUGACCGCUGGAAUCCUCUCCUUGGAGUCCCAAUCGGCCAGGAGGCAUCCCAUUUUGUAUAAUAUAAUCAUAGAUCGCCAUUGGCAGAAAGAUGAAGCCCUGUUUUUUCUGCCACAAAUACCACCAAUCCAACUGGUGAGAGAUAAUUGGCUUGAACAGCUAUUUCUCCAUGAGCCAGUUGGCCCUCAGGAGUCAGGUCUGCUCCAUUUGCGGUGGCAGAGGAGUUCUAAGAUUUACCUGUCUGAUGAAGAAACUCAUGCUCCUAGCUUUGCUGCUGCUUCACCAAGUUGGAGUGAGCGAGCGAGAACAGAGCUGUGCACUUUACUUUCUUCUGGGGCCAACAGAUUAAUAUCAAAUGUUACAGGGCUCAUCUUUUGACAGCUGUUGUACAAUUGUUGCGCUGUAGAUGAGAAAAGGGUAAGUAAUUUGUUUCCCAUUUUUUAAUCUGAAAUUUAGCUUGUAGGGUCAGGAGUCAGAUGCAAUAUUUUUGUUAGCAAUUUAUUGGGAAGGGGGAAAUCCUUCUCAUUGCUCUUACCAUUAUGCACUUGUGCGCGAACUGGCUGAAACGUGUAUGUUGUAUGUACAUGCAUGUCGGUGCGCAGUGAUGGAAAGUACAAAGGUAAAUAAAAGAAGCAGACCAACGUUAGUUUCUAUUACAAA